AUGGAUCGUAUAGAAGAUGUAAGCAUUGUCGAGUGCGAAGAUUCUUUCUAUAUUAAACCAGCGAGAAUGAUUUAUACUCAGUUGAAUUAUUAUAGACAACAGAUGUUCGAAUUUGAUCUGAAACAGAGCAGUAAAGAUGACGACGUAUUUCAUUUUAUUGGUUAUGUUCCUAUUGAUGGUCGACUAUAUGAACUUGAUGGAUUAAAAGAUGGACCUAUCGAUCUCGGACUCAUUCCUAGUUCUAUUGAUUGGAUUGAAGUUGUUAGACCAGUCAUUGAAAGACGGAUCAAAAGGUAUAAUGAAGGCGAAAUUCAUUUUAAUUUGAUGGCAAUUAUAACAGACAGAAAAAUGCUAUACAAGAGAAAGUUAGAAGAGUUGAAUAAUCAAUUAGAUGCUAAUGGAAUGGAGACAGAUGAAAUUCAGUCAGAAAUCAGCAAAUUACAUAUGCUGAUUGCAGAAGAAGAUGCAAAAAUGAAGAAAUAUAAGAUUGAGAAUGUAAGACGGAAACAUAAUUACUUACCAUUAAUAAUGGAACUAUUGAAAGUACUUGCAGAGGAAGGAAAGUUACAAGUCCUCGUCGAAAAGGCAAAAGAGAAAGCAAUUGAAAAACAAGAAAAAAGCAAAGAAAAGGUCAAAUAAAAUGUUU